UUUGGUAAUUCCUUUACUGACGCCGACUUUUAGGUUGAGGAUGCUGUCAUGCUUGCAAUGGCUAAUCAUCGUCGCCCAAAUCUUCUUCGACAAUCUAUUUCAGAUAAUAAAUCUCCUGGUGAUCCAAAGUUCAUGGAAGCGUUUGAAUUAAAUAAAGAGGAAGCAGAAGAUGUAUUUUUUAAGCAGGCGUGGCUUACCUAUUUCUGGAGACGAGCCAAAAAUCAUGGUGUGGAGGAUGAUAUUGCUGAGGAGCGGUUACAAUUUUGGAUUAGCCACAUUGGCCAGUCACCGACUUCUCAUGAUGCUGUAGAUGUUGAAAGAGGGGUGUUAGAAUUGAGGAAGCUUGGAAUUGAACAGCAAUUGUGGGAAGCAUCCCGCAGAGAAAUUGAGCUAGCAUCUCCUACGAAUCACGACUAAGAAUUGCAGAGGCAAAGCUUUUGUUUAUUUAUCAACAUAUCCACCAUCGACAUCAAACACAGAGAAUCAUCUACAGAUCUUCACACUUCUAAUUCAUCCACCCUCAAGCCAUGAGAUCGACAAAAUUUUAUAGGGAAACACCACUUUCUUCCUGUGUACAAAAGGUAUAUUCUGAUGCGAGCUUUAUGUAAUCUUGACAAUGGUUUAUGAAUUCUUAGAAUUGGGUAGGAGAAGAUACAUAGAGCAGGAGUUCCAGCCCCUGAUUGUUGAGUUUCUUGUUUUUUUUAAAAAAAGACUGGUUUUUGUGUUUAUUUUUGAGGUUGAGUUUGAAUUUGUAUUCGUAACAUUGGGAUUAUACUUGUGGAAAUUUUAUUUAUUUUGAAUCAGUUGGCCUGUUAUCAGUGUAA